AAUUUAUGUUGGGAAUGCGUUCCAAAGAAAAUACUAUCUGUAGAUAUUAAUGAAAAUGAAUGCCAGAAGUGUCCUGUGACGGGUUGUCAGAAUUCUUUUCCUUUGGAUUGUUUAAACCAUCGUGUGAAUCAACUUCUGUCAUCCAUGCAGCUGGCAACACUAUUUGUAGUACCAGAUACACUUUCUGACUGUUUUAGAUGUUCAACUUUUAAAUAUGAGGUUUCAGUUAUAAUAAGGCACUGUGAUCACAAAAUAUGCGUCUCCUGCUUUGAAAAGUACAUCCUGGAAGCUGAAAAUACAAGACAAGCAAGGUAUCUCGACCUGCCAAUGGAGAUGAAAAAGUGCUACCAAUCUUUUUGUGACAAGGAAAUUCCUACCGUGUGCCUCAAAGCUAUGCACAUGGCAAUAAAAGGAGAUCCAAUUGCUGUAGCAAUGUACCUACAAAUUCCAAAAGGAAAAGGAAACUGUUCAUCUUGUGACUCGGAGGAGGUUUUUAUUGAACUAACUGUCUGCAAUCAUAAUGCAUGUAAACCUUGCACGAUGAAAAUGUACGACAACUCCAACGAGUACGGACUUGCUACCUGUAGCGUUUCACUUUGUUCGCAACGUUUUCCUGUACUGUGUUUGAAAGCCGUACUUGACGAUCAAGGAAUUCUGAAGAAUAAUAUCAAUUACUUUGAGGAGCUGACUAAGAAAGAUGAAAACACGAUUACGAUUCCGGAAACUCCAUAUGACUGCUCAGAUGCAUGUAAGUGGGAUGCUUCAGAAGGACGUAUAAGUAAACAUACGGAAAAAGACAGAAUAAGCCACUUGCUUUGUCCAUCAUAUGGUGAAAGAUUGAAUUGCAGUUAUUGUCCAACAAAGGCGGUUAUAAAGUUCUCUCAAUGUUUCCAUGGUUGGUGUUUACGGUGCCUUAAAUUCUUGGUUAAAACUGAAAAAGAUGACAAAUUGCAUUGUAAAAACUGCUCAUCAUAUGGAAGCCUUGGGAAUGCAAAACGAUUCAUCAGGAACUGUGAAAAUGAUGGACUAUUGGUUCCAUCGUAUCUUAAACCAGUUAGUGGAUCUACACCAUGUGUCCUUUGUAAAAAGAGGGAAGUAAGUUUUUAAAAAAAUGAAUGUGACUAUCUUAGUCAUUUAAAUAUCGAAAUUGCGACCUUCUUAUAUGCAUGUAAACUAUGUCCCAUUUAUUUAUUACACAUGUGAACCAUAAUUUUCACCCUUUAAUUCUAAUUGCCGUCUCUCAAGCGUGAAGCAAUUGAAAACAAAGAUAACAGAAAAGAAUAACUUUAAAAAUAAUUUAUCGUUGAGAAUUUAGUCAUUUUGCCUUUCACAUUUUAUCGGUUCAUUAGUAAUAUUUAGAUCC